CACUCGCACCACACCGACCCCUUUUCACCCAAAAAUGCUUAUAAAUAUCCUAACCAAAUCCAACUACUUCAAUUCAAUCAAAGCUUAAAAUAAAAAACUGAUAGAGCUUUUAUCUAUUUCCUUCUUAAGUUGUUAUUUCUUUCAUUUCAAUUUUCAAGUUGUCUUUAUCAUACAAUGGCAAAGAAUGUAGUUCAAUCUUCCCUUGACCAACGGCUGGCCAUGGCUAAACACUGUUCUCAUGAAGGUGUCAAAGCAGGAGCUAAGGAAGCUGUUGUUGCUACUAUUGCCACUGCCAUUCCAACUCUUGCUAGUGCGAGAAUUCUGCCUUGGGCAAAAGCCCAUCUCAACCACACUGCUCAAGCUCUUAUUAUCUCCACAGUGGCUGGAGCUGCAUAUUUCAUAGUUGCUGACAAGACUGUCCUGGCCACAGCUAGGAAGAAUUCCUUCAAGCAAGCCACUACUAAUACAGAAGCAUAGAUUAAAAUUUUCACCACAGCUGAAUUCAAAGUCCAAUUUAUACAGGACUAAUAAUAUCAAUUAUUUUUUUUGCCAAUUCUAGUACCAUGAACCAAACAUGUCUUGGUCCUUCAUGUAUUACUACUACUACUACUACUUCUUCCAAUUGCCCAAAAUAAAAAAUUAUAGUUGAACUUGUAUUUACCCUUAAUUAAUCAGAUGUGACAAAUUUGUGUUGUGGAGAAAUCCAUUUCAAUA